UGGAAUUCCACCCUUUCUACAAUGGCGGGUGAACACAAAAAGGCCAUCAGCUUUUCGCUUUCCUUUUCACUUUUCCACUGAAUUUCGAGGAGAUCAUCCACAUUCCUCAACUUGAAUGGUUACAAUAUUUAAUUAGGGAAGAUCCUGACAUCAAAAUGUUAACCAUCUCAUCCUUCUCAUCUUGAUCCCUUCUUCUCUUUCUUCACACCCCGAUCCACAUUAGCCUUCUUCUCUUCUCAAAAUCCAUGGCCGAUUCCCGCAAGAAGACUAUCAUCGACACUGACCCUGGCAUCGAUGAUGCUAUGGCCAUUUUUCUGGCUUUACAAUCCCCAGAGUUGGAUGUGCUUGGACUAACCACUAUUUUUGGGAAUGUUUAUACUACUCUUUCCACAAGAAAUGCCUUGCAUCUGUUGGAGAUUGCUGGUAGGACUGACAUCCCAGUGGCUGAAGGAUCGCAUGUCACAAUAACUAAAGGUACAAAACUUCGUGUUGCUGAUUUUGUCCAUGGGGCCGAUGGACUUGGCAACCAAAAUUUUCCACCUCCAAAUGGGAUUCCGAUAGACCAGUCGGCAGCUGCUUUUCUUGUUGAACAGGCAAAUCUUUACCCUGGAGAAGUAACAGUUGUGGCUCUAGGACCGCUAACAAAUAUUGCACUGGCUUUGCAAUUGGAUCCCGGAUUUUCAAAGAAAAUUGGGAAGAUUAUUAUUCUUGGUGGUGCAUUUUUCGUGAAUGGAAAUGUAAAUCCUGCAGCAGAAGCCAAUAUAUUUGGGGAUCCUGAAGCUGCAGAUAUGGUAUUCACAAGUGGAGCAGACGUGUUAGUUGUGGGGCUAAAUGUCACACAUCAAGUCGUCAUGACAGAGGCGGAUCGUGACAAAUUGGGAAGAUCAGAUGGGAAAUUUGCCAAGUAUCUCUGCAAAAUUUUAGAUAUUUAUUUCUCCUACCACAGGUAUGCAUAUGAAACAAAAGGGGUUUACCUCCAUGAUCCAGCAACUGUGGUAGCGGCUGUCGAUCCCUCACUUUUCACGUACACAGAGGGCGUAGUUCGAGUCCAGACAACGGGCAUCUCAAGAGGACUCACAAUUUUGUACAACAAUAAGAAAAGGUUUGGUGAAGUGAGUGAAUGGUGUGAUAAACCCACCGUGAAGGUGGCGGUCACAGUGGAUGCCCCGGCCGUUUUGAAAUUGGUGAUGGACCGACUUAUCGACUCGUAGAGUAUAUAUAAAA